AUGUCCAACUACACCAUGUUCCCCGCCUUGAGCCGAGCCUUCUCCGAUGAGCCGCAUGCGGGUGACGACGCAACCGAAACAGGCUUCUACAUCAACCUCCCGGGUACGACCCACGAUGUGAUCCUGACUGCCGGACAUAACCUCAUCGAUAAGGAUGGUCACCGAUCAACAAACCUCGUCGUUCUUAGCUCCGAUGGCAACGACAACAUCGCCAUCACGGAAGACAGCGUCAAAAUCAGCGAGCGUUACAUCAAACGCCCCGUCGACUCUAACGCCGUCCACGACUACGGCGCCAUCCUCAUCCCUCGCCAGAACAGUCAACCCCCACGGCCCGGAUUCGGCUUUAGCUUGAUGCUGGGCAUCGACUCCAAGGAUCGGGCAACCAAGGAUCCAAAAGACGAAUACCUCUCCGGCGCAAUCUUUGUGUCUGGAUACCGCGGGUCCACACCGCCAGGCAAGCCCGACUUGAGCUCAGGCACCUGUACCAUCCGUCCCGAGCAGCUCGAAUAUACCGUCAAAACCCAAGUCGGGCUGAGCGGCUCGCCUGUCUGGACAGCGUACAAUGGCGUGGAAACAGUCGUGGCCAUACACAAUCACGGUCAAAACUCGUCCGGCCGCAGCCGUGGCACUCGCCUCAACCUCCGUGUCAUGCGAGACAUUUUUCGUUGGGCCUCCAUCGACUGCUUCUCCCAGAAGCUCCGCAUCCAACAGCAGGGCGCCCACGUCGACGGUCUCUACCUCCACUUCGCAAAAGACUAUACCAUGGGCGAUGAGCAAGUCGGCAAGUUGUCCAUUGGUACCGAAGGCAUGGACACCACGCUGGUUGUCCUGCUUGCCGAAACGCCGCCAGCGUCUCGGAUGGGUGUCAUCACGCCGCGGUAUGCUCUGCUGGCACGAACACCGUGGGCGGGGCUGAAGCCGGAGGAAUAUGAGUAUCACGGUAGAAACUGGGUGGUUUGGGACGUAGACGGGGGCCGAGUGCUGUUGUCCAGAAGUUUCCAUCCUUGGUGCCUCUUUAGGCUGGACAAGGCAACAGCGGGCACCUUCCAUAUUGUCUUGUAUCGAGAGAAGCAAGGAAAGGAAUCGCUGGUAAGGCUUAGGAUGGACACAUCUUCGCUGACGGACCUGCAGAUUAUGUUGGGGCGGAGGGAGGUGAAUGGAAUUUCUUUUGUGAGAGCCAUCAGGGGAAAGAAGUAUAAGUUCGAUCAGUUCUGUCUUGAGGGCUGACGCGGUCAAAAGGGGAAAGGAAGACCCCAUGGCACGAGCAAGCCAGACAUGAGAGACCUAAUAUCUCCGAAUCCGG